GACAAUGUGAAGAACUGCAGGAGCUGCUGCUGCUGGGUUGCAGACGAGGCUGCAGGAGCCUUGACGUGGGUGCAGCUCCUGGCAGCCCUGGUGGAGCUGGCUAGGGCUUGAGCCGGGUUUCCCCCCUCUUGCCCCUGCAGCCAAGAGGGCCAGGGGAUGGACUAAGCCCCUAGACCCUCUUCCACCCUUUCCUUGGGAGUCUGAGUUCCCUGAGACACCAUAAUAUUGAAAUCACUUAAUAGCCCUACGAUGGCCUCCAAGCAUUCAAGUGAAAGGAAGAGUCGCACGUCCCUCACUUUGCACCAAAAGCUAGAAAUGAUUAAGCUGAGCGAGGAAGGCAUGUCGAAAGCCGAGAUCGGCCGAAGACUAGGCCUCUUGCGCCAAACGGUCAGCCAAGUUGUGAAUGCAAAGGAAAAGUUCUUGAAGGAAAUUAAAAGUGCUACCCCGGUGAACACGCGAGUGAUAAGAAAGCAAAACAGCCUUAUUGCUGAUAUGGAGAAAGUUUUAGUGGUCUGGAUAGAAGAUCAAACCAGCCACAACAUUCCCUUAAGCCAAAGCCUAAUCCAGAGCAAGGCCCUAACUCUCUUCAAUUCUAUGAAGGCUGAGAGAGGUGAGGAAGCUGCAGAAGAAAAGUUUGAAGCUAGCAGAGGUUGGUUCAUGAGGUUUAAGGAAAGAAGCCAUCUCCAUAACAUAAAAGUGCAAGGUGAAGCAGCAAGUGCUGAUGUAGAAGCUGCAGCAAGUUAUCCAGAAGAUCUAGCUAAGAUUAUGGAUGGAGGUGGCGACGCCAAACAACAGGAGUUGCUCCUUACGGGUGAGCAAAGAAAGGGGUUCCUUGAGAUGAAAUCUCCCCCUGGCAAAGAUGCUGUGAACAUUGUUGAAAUGACAACAAAGGAUUUAGAAUAUUACAUAAACUUAGUUGAUAAAGCAGCAGCAGGGUUUGAGAGGAUUGACUCCAAUUUUGAAAGAAGUUCUACUGUGGGUAAAAUGCUAUCAAACAGCAUCACAUGCUACAGAGAAAUCUUUCAUGAAAGGAAGAGUCAAUCAAUGCAGCAAACUUCAUUGUUGUCUUAUUUUAAGAAAUUGCCACAGCCACCCCAACCUUCAGUGAUCACCAAGGUGAUCCGUCAGCAACCAUCAACAUUGAGGCAAGACCCUCCACCAGCAAAAAGAUUACGACUCACUGAAGGCUCAGAUGAUGGUUAGCAUUUUUUAGCAAUAAAGUAUUUUUUAAUUAAGGUAUGUACAUUGAUGUUUGUUUUAUUUAAAAAAACAACAACAACACUACAGUGGUACCUCAGGUUACAUACGCUUCAGGUUACAUACGCUUCAGGUUACAGACUCCGCUAACCCAGAAAUAGUGCUUCAGGUUAAGAACGUUGCUUCAGGAUGAGAACAGAAAUCGUACUCCGGCGGCACGGCGGGAGCAGGAGGCCCCAUUAGCUAAAGUGGUGCUUCAGGUUAAGAACAGAUUCAGGUUAAGUACGGACUUCCAGAACGAAUUAAGUACUUAACCCGAGGUACCACUGUAUUGCACACUUAGUAGACUACAGUAUAGUGUUAACGUAAGUUUUAUAUGCACUCUGAAACAAAAAAAAAAUGUGACUUAAUUUCCUGCGAUUAUUUGCUUAAUUGCAGUGGUCUGGAAACAAACCCACAAUAUCUCCUGUACUGAGUAAGGGUACUUGCUUUGCUCCACCUUACCCAUUUGUCUGCACACACAUACUUUGUCGCCUCAUUUGGAUUCUUUAAUACCUGUUACUUUGGCCCCCUUCUGUUGUUGCUAGGCAGUUGCUUAGAGCACGCUUUUACCCCAGUGGCCAACUAGUGGUAAACUGUGCCUGAGAGGAAACUAAUAGUCAAAAAAUAAGAAUAAUUGUAACCUGAACACAGUUGCACCAACCCUUUCUCCUCUAACCCCCCCCCCCCAGUAUAAAUUGUGCCAUCUGAUGUCCAGAUAUUUAUAUGCAUUAUAUUAUUUGAAGUAUUGUUAUUUUCUUUUAGAUAAUCUUUUACAGGAUGACAUUGUUCAUAAAUAUAAUAAAAAUUUCCAUUCUUAAUAUAUGGAAAAGGAUAGCUACAUUUAAACAAUAUAAGUUGAUUGAAGUAUACACAUACACAUAUAUGUAAGUCGCUUACCUUUGUGUGCUAAGUGACACGCAAAUUUAAUGAAUAAUCAUUAUAUCUUGUGAUGAACAUUAGAAAAUUGAACAAUAUGAAAGCCAGUGUGGUGUAGUGGUUAGUUAGGAGACCAGGGUUAAAAUUUCCACACAGCCAUGAAGCUCACUGGCUGAAUUGGACCAGCCAUUUUUUCAGUUUAACCUACCUCAUAGGGUUGUUGCGAGGAUAAAACAGGAGUGGAUGGAGACCCAGGUAUGAUGAACGUAACAAGUAAUUAAAUAAAUGGCAUAGGUAGGAGUUCAGAUUUCAGUGUGAGGGCUUUGCCCUGGAUUACAGUAAGUAUUUUGAUACAGUGGUACCUUGGUUCUCGAAUGUAAUCCAUUCUGGAAGUCCGUUCACCUACUGAAACGUUCAAAAAACAAGGCGUGGCUUCCGAUUGGCGCAGGUGCCCCAGAAGCAAUAGCUGACAGUCGCAUCAGACAUUUGACUUCUGAAAAAUGUUUGAAAACUAGAACACUUACUUUCGGGUUUUCGUUUGGGAGCCUAUUUGUUCGUCAACUAACCAAGGUUCCACUGUACUUCCCAUUGCAUGGUUGUGUUGUGCAGUCUUGAAUUUGUGCCCCAGAAUCCCCAGAACACAACAAGGGCCCCGUUAGACCAGGGCAAAGGCCUAUUUAGUCAAAAGCGGCACAUGAGCACAACAGUCGGGCUGGACGAUGUAUCGAUACAUCGUCCAAAAUCGGUUUGAAAUCCACAUCGAGGUCACGGUUUCCUAAUAUUCGACGUGGUGCUAUGUCGAGAAUCGUGAUGUGUGUGUGUGCUAUGUAAAAAAUUGUGAUGUGGGAAAACCCGUGAAGCUGGUCAUCGCUUCUGUGAAGAUUCCUGCCAUCCCCGUUGUUCUGUACUAUAGAGCAACAGUUAUAACAAUAUGGAAAAUAUAAGUAAAAAUGUUUUCUUUUAAGAUCCCAAAGUAGUAGCAGUUGCCAGGGCAUUACCCUGUUCACUCUACAUCGUUCCAUCCUUAUUUCAGACAUCAUGAAUUAUCAAUAUAUUGUGAUAUAUCACGAUGUUGAAAACCAGACAUUGCUCAGCCCUAUGCGACAGCCCUCUCCUCAUCUGUGUUUCCCAGCAUCUGGCAUUCAGACAAGAGAAGUACAAUAGCCAUUGUUAGCCUUAUUGCCUUUCAAGAAUGUUGCAGAAGAUCCUGGAGCACAUAUAUAACAGCGGAGGUAGUGUUCUGUUGUGGUUAGAGUGCUGGGCUAGGACCUGGGAGACCAGGGUUCGAAUCCCCUCUCAGCCACGAAGCUCACAGGGUGUUUUUGGACCAGCCACUGCAUCUCAGCCCAACCUACCUCCAAUACCCUUUUAAAAUGUGUUGGGUUGAGGAGGGGGGUUUAGCAGGUUGUUUUUAUUCUUAUUAUGUAUUUUGUGUUUUUAUAUUGUGAUUUUAUGUUGUAAAACUGAGACCUGCAGGUAUAGGGCAGUAUACUUCUACUACUACUAAUAAUAAUAAUAAUGUGGAAAAAAGUAUGAGAUAUAAAUGUAAUAAUGGCUCAUGGCUAUUGAUAACCUUAUUCCCCAUGAAUUUGUCUAAUCUUCUUAAUACCAUCCAAGCAAAUUCUGUAGUUUACCUAAGUGCUGAGUGCAGGAGUCUCCUCAGAAGCAAAUCUUAUUUUAUUUGUUGUGGUUUACUUACGUGUAAGUGGAGUUAGGAUUGCGGCUGUCAGACUGUACGCUUUGGGCUCAAGCUGUGCAAGUCCAGGGACUGCCAUUUCUGACCCACAAGUCCUCACUUUUGCUCUGUCGCACCUCUUUUACUUGGAGUAAAUACAACACACAGUUUCUACUCCCCCCCCCUCUUUUAUUGGCAGGGAGCUUGUGUCUUUUAAAAAGUCCAUGGCAGG